UAAAAAAAUGAACGUUCCCAUUUCUCCGCACCCCGCAGCCUUCUGUUUUCUAUGAAAUAGUCUGUAAUGACUCUUGUUCAUCAAGAAAUUGAUCUGAUAAGCAAGUCAAACCAGUGGCAAUUAUCAAUUAUAGAGUUGAUUUUGUUUUCUCUCAAUUAGUUCAUCGAUCGAAUUCAAGAGAACAGAGGUAGUUAUGGUUUUGCCUGUAAUUAAAUUGGGAACGCUAGUCUUAAAAACGCUGAGCAAACCGUUGGCAGCUAAGCUCAAACAACAGGCUGCUUUCCACCCUAGAUUUCGUCAAUUCAUCAUCGACAUCGCUCAGGCAAAUCAUCGAAUCACAACAAGAAUGCAAAGACGCAUACAUAGUCAUGCAACUGAUGUUGAGAUACGUCCAUUGAAUGAGGAGAAAGCUGUUCAGGCUGCUGUAGACCUUAUUGGGGAACUCUUUAUCUUUUCAGUUGCAGGCGCUGCUGUGAUCUUUGAGGUGCAUAGAAGUGCUAGAUCAGAGGCAAGAAAGGAGGAAAUCCGUAAACAAGAGCUGGAGGCAUUGAGGCAAAGAGACGAAAAUUUAUCAAGGGAAGUGGAACUUCUGAGGCAAAAACUUGAAGAAUUGGAGCAGCUUGCCAGGGCACGAGGUCUCAGUGGUAUUUUCAGCUUUAAACCCGCUAACACAGAGGUUGGGAAGUUGGAUAAACAAGCUAACACAGAAGUUGGGAAGUUGGAUAAACAAGCUAACACAGAAGUUGGGAAGUUGGUUAAGCAAGCUUGAUUAAAUAACAAGAAUUGACUAAUAAAUCCCAAUUUGGCAAAUCAAUUUUUAAUUUACUCAAAGGUUUUUCCUUCGCAGGGGAUUC